GCGUUAGAAUCAUCACACUUGCCAUAGCUGCAAAUUCAGCUAGACAUUCAUAGAAACCAAGUAACUAUUAGUAAAGUUUAGUGUUUUUUUUGAAUAAAUUAAAUAGAAAAAUGAAGAUCUUCAUCGCAUUGAUCGCACUUUGGGGAGCUGUAUCAGCCGUUCCAACGUUAUUGGCAGGUGGUCCAACAUAUUAUACCGAAACGAUUCCUCUAAGAACACAGUUCGUCGCCCAAGACGCAAUCGGACAAUACUCAUAUGGAUAUACCGGAGACUCAUCAGCUAGAUCGGAAACCAAGUCCUUAGAUGGAGUCACCCGUGGAGCCUACUCGUACUUGGAUGCUGAUGGGAAAUUACAAUCUGUGGAAUAUACCGCGGAUGCUGUAAAUGGAUUCAGGGCUGCAGCUACAAAUUUGCCUACUUCUCCUGUGGAUGAUGGUAUCGCCCCUGAACCAGUACAAGAAACUGAAGAAGUCGCAAAAGCCCGAGCUGAACACUUGGCUGCAUUUAAAGAGGCAGAGAUCCGAGCAGCUGCAGCUCCUGAGGAACCAGAGGAAGAGGAAGAAGAAGGUACAUCAGAUGGCAUCGAGGAAAUGUCUGCUCAAGGCGCCAUUGGUGGAGAAGCACCAGCUUCCACGUCUGCUGUCGCUCCUGGAACGAUUACAGUAUCAUCACCAAUUGCCGCUAUUCAAGCCGUUCCUGCAAUUGCAGCUGUUUCUGGCAUCCCUGCCUUGGCUGUGAGAACACUUGAGUCACCAGUAUCCAGUGCAUAUUCGUACCAGGUUGAGACCAAUUCCAACCCUUCGUAUUCUUAUAGUGUGGCUACACCACUAUACUCAGCACCACUGAAAACUGUUAACACUUUGUCAUAUGCAGCUGCACCUGUGAUUGCACGAUCUCGUGUUGAUGUAAUUGGUGAUCGACAUAUCGAUAUUAAUGGACACCUCGCGUCGAAGAUGAAAGUAUUUAUCACUUUUGCAACAUUUGUGGCCGCUGCUUUUGCCUCACCAUCGCAACUAGCAGUUUUGCCUGUGCAAUCUUAUCUUCUUCCGGGAUUAAGUGCAGCAGCCCCAGCUCAAGCGCAAUACCACGCUCAGGACUCUUUUGGACAAUAUCGUUACGGAUACAGUGAUGGACUUUCGGCUAAGGAGGAAAUCAAAACUUUGGAUGGAAUCACUCGUGGAUCAUACAGCUACGUUGAUGCUAACGGUGAACUCCAAUCUGUUGACUAUAGUGCCGAUGCUCUUAAUGGAUUCCGUGUUGCUGGAACUAAUCUUCCUAAGGCUCCAAAAGAUCUCCCAAUCCUAAAGCAAAACUUACCACAGCAAGUAGAGGAAACCCCAGAGGUAGCUCAGGCAAAGGCUGCUCAUUUUGCCGCUCAUCAGGAAGCGAAAACUCGCUCUAACGAUUAUCGGCCAGCAGAACAUAUCUACGACAUGAAGGAUCUCCCAAAGCAGGUUGAGGAUACAGCUGAAGUUGCUAAGGCAAAAGCUGACCAUCUUGCUGCCCUGAAGCAUGCCGAACUUCGGAAUUCUGCAAUUGAAGAAGUUCGGGCUGCACCAGUUUACCAGGCGAACUUUGGAGUAUAUUCGUACAGUCCCGAAAUUGCAGCUCUUCCAAGUUUUAAAGCUGCCGUAGCACCUGCAGCGCCAUUGUUGGCAGCCUCUUAUAUCCCACAAUCGUACAGCUACUCUCCGCUGGCUUUGAACCCACGGUUUCUGACCCGGUCUUUUGUAUAUUAAACGGGGGAGAGAGAAUGGUUGGUUAAUUAUGUAAUCGUUACCCGAACGUUGCUAAAUAAAUAUUUUUUU